CGUCCGCCGCCGCCGCCGCUCCCGCGCCGCCCCCGGGGUCGGCCCCUCCCGCCCGCUCCUGCGCUGACGCAGUCCGUGCCGCACCAGCUCCCAACAUGGCGGCGAGGCGCUGAGGAGCGCGCGGAGACGCGGGCCGCGAGCGCGGUGUCUGUUCCACGUUACCUGCAGAAGAGCCUGUUCUUUGUGCAGGGAAAAGUAUUUAAACUUUUGAAGCCAUGGGAGUAAAGGUCCAGAGACCUCGUUGCUUUUUUGACAUAGCCAUCAACAAUGUACCUGCUGGAAGAGUGGUCUUUGAAUUGUUUUCCGAUGUGUGUCCAAAGACAUGUGAGAAUUUUCGCUGCCUUUGCACAGGUGAAAAGGGUACAGGAAAAUCUACCCAAAAGCCAUUGCAUUACAAAAGUUGUCUAUUUCACAGGGUAGUGAAAGAUUUCAUGAUCCAAGGAGGUGACUUCAGUGAAGGAAAUGGCAGGGGAGGAGAAUCCAUUUAUGGCGGCUUCUUUGAAGAUGAAAGCUUUGCUGUAAAGCACAACAAAGAAUUUCUCCUUUCAAUGGCUAACCGAGGGAAAGAUACAAAUGGUUCACAGUUCUUUAUAACAACUAAACCUACACCUCACUUAGAUGGACAUCAUGUUGUUUUUGGACAAGUCAUCUCAGGUCAAGAAGUUGUGAGAGAAAUAGAAAACCAGAAAACAGAUGCAUCUAGUAAACCAUAUGCUGAAGUACGCAUACUGAGUUGUGGAGAGUUAAUUCCAAAAUCCAAAGCCAAGAAAGAAGAAAGGAAAAGACACAAGUCAUCGUCUUCAUCCAGUGAUUCGGAAAGUUCAAGUGAUUCAGACUCUUCUUCUGAUUCAUCAUCGGAUUCUGAGAGUGCUUCUGAGGAGAAAUCCAAGAAAAGAAAGAAGAAACACAAGAAAAAUUCCAAAAAGCAUAAGAAAGAAAAGAAAAAGAGAAAGAAAAGCAAGAAAAGCUCGUCUAGUGAAAGCGAAGAUGAAAACCCUGAAGCACAGCCAUUAUCUACUGUCCGUCCUGAAGAAAUUCCUCCUGUACCUGAAAACCGGUUCCUGAUGCGGAAAAGUCCUCCUAAAGUAGAUGAAAAAGAAAAAGAAAGGAAAAGCAGAGAGAAGGAAAGAGAAAGUAAUCUAUCAAAUUCCCAGUCAACUUACCAGAGAAGGCUGUUAGUGACCAGAUCUGGAAGGAAAAUAAAAGGAAGAGGACCAAGGCGUUACCGGACACCUUCCAGAUCCAGGUCAAGAGAUCGAUUCAGACGCAGUGAAACUCCUCCACAUUGGAGGCAAGAAAUGCAAAGAGCUCAAAGAAUGAGAGUAUCCAGCGGAGAAAGGUGGAUAAAAGGCGACAAAGUGGAGGGAUUCACAAUAUUUAAAAGCUGUACUUUUCUCUCUCCAAGGAGUGAAAUAAAUGAAAACAAGAAAGAUAAUCAAAAAAGCCCAGGAAGAGGAAAGGAGAGAAAAAUAUCAGACCACAGACAAUUUUCUGAAAGUCCAAGCAGAAGAGGGGAAAAGGAGAAGAAAAAAGAUCACAAAUCAAGCAGUAAAGACAGGGAGACAAGAAGGAAUUCAGAAAAAGAUGAGAAGCAUAACAAAAGCAAGGCCAAGAAAAGAGCUAAAUCCAGAAGCCAUAGCAAAAGCCGAGAGAAAUCAAAAAGUAAAGAAAGAGACUCUAGGCACAGCAGACAUGAUGAAAAGAGAGCAAGAUCAAGAAGCAGAGAGAGGGACCAUGAGAAAGGCAGAGAGAGAGAAAAGCGUUACGAUUCUAGAGGGAGAGAUAAAGAAAGAAGUAGGAGCAAGGAAAGAAGUAGAAGGGGAGGUUCAAGAAGUAAUGAACAAGAUCAUAGUAAGAGCCGAGACAGGGAGAAACAUAAGUCAAGAAGCAGAGAGCGUGAACAUGCUAGAGGAAAACACAGUUCCAGCAGUAGAACGAGGGAACGAAGCAAAAGCAGGGACAGGGACAGGGGUAGGAGAGGCAGAUCUAGAAGCAGAGACAGAGAUCGCAGUAGAAGUAAAGAAUAUUCAAGAAACAGAGAUAGAGAUAGAGAUAGAAGAAGAGGAAGAUCAAGAAGCAGAGAAAGGAGAGGUACACCAGAGAGGUAUAGAGGAAGAGAAAACAGGAGGAGGAGAGAUUCGAGGAGUUCAGAGAGAGAGGAUAGUCAAAGCAGAAACAGAGAGAGGUAUUCAAACAGAGAAAGCAGAAGCUCAUAUAAGAGGAAUGAUACUGAAAGCCAAAGGAAGAGGCGUUCAAAAAGCCGUGAAAGUAGCAGUCCUGAAUCCAGUAAAGAUAAGAAGUCUAGCAGAGACCGGGAUAGAAGUCCAGACUCAAAAAAGAGACCAAGUAGUAAAGAGAGAGAAUCAAAAAAAUCAUAUUCACGCAGGAGCAAAGAAAAGGAGAAAUCCAGAUCCUCAGCAGAAAAGGAAAUAAACCAAAAAUCAAAGAGUCAGGAAAGAGAUCAAGCCCAGAGUAAGGAUAAAAAGUCCGAUCAUGAAACAAGUCCUGGAACAGAUGAUGACAGACAUGGAUGAGUUUGUGGACUUAAUGUUUCCAUUGUCUCAAAGUUUUAGAGACAUUUUGGGGAACGCUUUUUUUAAGAUGUGGACUUCAGUUUGGUCUUUUGAUAAUCUAAAACCUGGAUCAUUUGUACUGCUAAAGUUUUAAUAAACUUGAAAUGAAAAACACA